AUGGCAGAAAAUGAAGAAUUAAAUGUUUCAGUUAUGCAACUCCAACCAUCAAUAUUUGAGGCAUGGGCAAAAAAACAAGGAGGUUCUGUAAAAAAUUGGAAAAAGAGAUGGUUUGUAUUAAAACCAACAAGACUUUGGUAUUUUAAAGCUAAAAAUUCAACAAGUGCACAAGGAUAUAUUGAACUAACACCUCAAACUACAAUUCAAGAAGAAACUGGAAUGAAUGUACCUGGUAAAAAAUUUUUCUUUAGUAUAGAUUCUAGAAAUCAAAAAGGAACAAGAAAAUUUAUAUUUUGUGUUGAUAAUGAAGUGUAUUUAAGAGAAUUUUUAAAAAGAAUUUUCGAUGCUAUUCAUGCCCAACAACAACUUAAUCUUCCUAAAACUACUUCUGUUGUUCAAAAAGUGGAAGAAAUUCAAUUGGCUCCAAUUAAUGUUGGUGGUUCUCAACCAAGUUCUUUAAGUCCUACACAAAACUUAAAUAAUUCUAUUCAGUCUAAUACUUCUAUUCAACAAUCAAAUCUUCAACAAAAUAAUCAAAUAAUUUCUUCUUCACAAGAAAAAUCUACUCAGUCUCCUCUCUUGGAUAAACCUCAAACUCAAGCACCAAAACCACAGAAAAAAGCUGGUUGGGUUGUUACUCGACCAACUAUUUCACAUGGAAGUAUUACACAAACACAAUCAAGUUGUGACAACACUUCUUUACAAAAUGGGAAUGAAGAAAAUAAAAUGCAAGUCCAACAAGAAUUGGAGGAUAUUCGUCGUGUAGAAGAAGAGAAAAGAAUGGAAAAAUUUAGACAACAACAAGAAGAAUAUAUGAGAAUUCAACAAGAAGAAGAAAAGAAACGUAUUGAAGAAGAAAUUCAAAGACAAAUGGAAGAACAACAAAAAGAAGAAGAACAAAAAAUUCGAGAUCAACAAGAAAUGAUAAGACAACAAGAAGAAUUACUUAAACAACAAGAACUUCAACAACAAUUAGAAGAAGAAGAAAGAAAGAAAAAAGAAUUAGAAGAACAAGAAAAGAUGAAACAAAUGAAUGUUAUUAUAGAUGAAAAUAAUAAAAAAGAAAAUAGUUCAAGUUCAACAUCUGAUUAUGAUGAUGGAGAAGAUAUAACAUUACAAAAUGUUAUUUCAUUUGUUCAAGCAUUUGAAUGGAUUGGAGAAAAUGCACAAGAAUUUGUUCAAUUAUUCUAUGAUAAUAUUCCUAGAAGAUCUCCUACUCAUCUUUCAGCAUCAGUUAAUCCAACUGGAACAGAAAUAUUUUUAAGAUGUACAUCACCAUUAUCAGAAUUAAGAACUGUCAUAGAAUUUUUUAAUCAAGUUGGAUCACCAGAAGAACAAAUAGAAAAAAUGAAAACAGAAGCAGGAAGAAAUGGAGUUUUAGCAAUUGAAAGUUGGAUAUCUUUAAGUGAUAAAGGAGGAUGUGAUGCUGGAUGGAAUAUUAUUGCAGAACAAGAUAGUUUAGAUGUAAUUCAAGAUAUUUCUGAUCCAUCAGAAAUAGAUAGUGUUGGUAUUAUUAAAUUAUGGUGUGAAACUAAUCAUGUUGAUUAUGUACAUCGAUUUGGUAGAGAUAUGGGGGAUCAACCACCAUAUAAUACAGAAUUUUGGAUGGAUAUUCCAUCUAAUGAAAUAGAAAUGAUUCAAAAUGCAGCUACAGCAUUUAUGUUCCCAGAAAUACCAAAAGAAGUAUUAGACUCAUGUUUAGGAUCACGUGUAAUGGUAAAAGUAGUAACAAGUGAAGAUGGCUUUGUAAAAUUCUCAGUUAUCAUUGAGAAAAUACAAGAACAAAAUAUAAAGAAUUGUAUUGAAUUAUUAAAAGAAGAUCCAACAGAUGUAUUAAAUUUACAACAAUUAUUAAACAUUAAAAUAGAAGGAUUUGAAUAUACAUUCUUAAAUGAAGGAUUUGGAUACGAUGUUUAUAAUGAAGGAGCUAAAACAUCUGUUGUAUUCAGAAUGGGUAGUUUCUAA